AUGAAGUUCACUCUCGUCACCUCCGCCCUCUUCCUGGCUACCGCUGCCAUGGCCGCCCCCGAUGGUCUUGACGUAAACUCUAUCGUUUCUGAGGCAGAGGGUAUCGCCUCAACCGCAGUCAACGGCGGUGAAUCUAUCGGCUCCGACGUCGCCGACAAGGCCACCUCCAUCUACGAAGCUGCCAGCACCGGCGGCGCUGCCGCCGUUUCAUCCCUCCGCAGCGACGCCUCAGAGGCUGCUUCCACCCUCACCGGCGAUGCCGCUUCCGCCGUCUCUUCCAUCACCAGCAAGGCUGACUCCAUUGCCUCUGAGGCUACCAGCCGUGGCGAUUCCAUUGCUUCCGAGGCCAGCAGCCGUGCUGCUACCUGGGCCUCUGCCCAGACCACUCUGACCGACUCUGCUGGCUCUGCCACUGCCACUCAGUCCACCACCCUCACCAGCCAGAUCACUGGAACCAACACUGGCUCCGCUUCUGCCUCCGCUUCUGGCUCUGCCAGCACCACUGACAACGGUGCCUUCGCUCGCCCCACUGCCGUUGGUGCCGCCGCCGCCGGUAUGGCCGGUGUCCUCGGUAUCAUGGCUGCCCUGUAA